GCUCGCGGCUCAACGGAACGACAGAAACGUGUACGGCGAAGUGCGGUCGACUCGUCGAUGCGCAGCUGUCCCGCAGCGCUUGUCAAUUUUUAGUUUUUCCGGAACGCGUGUGUAAAUAAACAAAUUACCUAUUACUUUUCAUUGCGAUUUAUAAUGAAGUGAUGUUAUAGUUUGUUUAAUUAUCGUGCCGAUUCAAAGUGGAGCGUUUUGAAUGAAUCCGUAACCGCUUCUCGCAAUGACAAGGGAGAGCACUCAGUUGCCUUUUGAGAAACCGGAGGCAUUAAAAUGUUUCAUGUGGUCUAAUUGAUGCCAUUUUUUACAUAAAUAAGUGUAUACGUUGAUUUUAAGGACUAUUGUGAUUCGUUUAGUGACGCUUUGAAGUUGUAACCGUCGUUUCGACUCGGUCGGUAGUCGUCUACACGUUUAAAAAUGAGUGUUUUAAGUGGUUUGAGUAAGGCUGACUUCAAAACAGCAAGUGAUGGACUGCUGGAAUUGCCCGAGGAGCGGCUCCGCAGUCUCAUGCGCACGGAGCCCAUCACCUCCGUGUACCACGUCGAGCAGACACCCUUUGCAAGGGGCAAAUUCGCAUCAGUCCGCAAGAUUCGCCACCUAGUGUCCGGAGAAGAAUACGCGGCAAAGAUCAUUCGCAAGCGGAGACGCGCGGCAGACACAACGCGCGAGAUCCUGCACGAAGUCGCCGUGCUCGACUUAUGCGCAGAGUGCACACGUGUCGUCAGUCUGCAUGAGGUAUACGAAACCCGUUCAGAAGUGGCGAUUGUCCUAGAAUUAUGUGCUGGCGGCGAGCUGCAGCGUCUUCUCGACGAAGAAGACCGUCUUACCGAGGGUGCAGCGAGACGGGCCCUGCGCCACGUGUUGGAAGGGCUCGCGCACCUCCACGCGCGCCGGGUCGCUCACCUGGACCUCAAGCCACAGAACCUGCUCCUCACAGCUGGGGGUGAAGAACUCCUCAUAUGCGACUUCGGCAUCAGUCGCGCUAUACAGCCCGGAGCACAUGUCCGGGAGAUAUUGGGCACAAGAGACUAUGUUGCCCCAGAAAUCCUUUCAUACGAGCCCCUGUCCUUGGCCGCUGACAUCUGGUCGGUAGGCGUGUUGGCAUAUGUUCUCCUCAGCGGGUACUCGCCGUUCGCGGGCGAGACCAAGCAGGAGACCUACCUGAACAUAGCGCAGUGCCAGCUCAGCUUCCCCAAGGACCUGUUCCGAGGAGUUUCGCAGAGGGCCAUACAGUUCAUUAAGGAGACGCUUGUUGUUGAUCCUAAGGGUCGUCUUACAGUGGAAGAGUGCCUGGAGCACCCCUGGUUGAAAGACGAGGCGGACUUGCCGCGAGCGAUCGUCGGCGUCGGCUUUGACGCUCCCGAGGCCGCAAGCGCGAGCGACGCUGACGCAGAUGACGACGUCAACGCCGUCAACGGAAUUCACGGAGUUAACGGCGUCAACGGAGUUAACGGAGUUAACGGAUGUAACGGAGUUAAUGGCGCGAAUGGGAUCAAUGGUGUUAACGGGCACAAUGGCGUCAACGGAUGCAAUGGGACCAAUGGUUCACACGAUGAUGAAAAAGAAUCAUCCGAGUCCCGUCCGUCCUCGCCGCCGGGUCGCGAGGAGGUCGAGGAGCGCGACAAGCCGCUGAAGCAUGCGCACGCGCGCGACGUGUCUCCCCCCUUCCCCGACGCCCCCUCCACGCCUAAGGUGUCCCGCAAAUCCCACCCACACGCGCCGUCCGUGCUGGCGCUGUGCAAGAAGUUCCAGCCGGACUACGAGAAGCCGGCCAAGCUGGCGGGCGUGCGGCUGACCGUGCGCGGCGAGUGCCACGUGCACGCGGGCGACUGCCACGUGCACGCGUGCGAGUGCCGCGUGCACGCGUGCGAGUGCGAGUGCGAGCGCGGGCUCCGCGCGGCGCCGCCGGACCGCGCGGUGCUGUGCUAGCGCUGGCUGUGCUGCGCUGGCGCGGGCUCUGCUGCGCUGUACAUAUAGACUAGUGGCGCCAGACACUUGUAUAUUUCUUUAGCGAUUCUUAGCGAAGCCGCGGUCUGGUGUUCCGGCCGCGGCGUCCCCGACGGUACAAAAUGCAUAAUGAUGCGCCCGCGCACACUGCGCUUGUAAAUGUAUUAGUCGCGUUGUACAUAACGCUGAGUUUGCACUGCCGACAUGUUGAUAAUGUUAAGUUUAUACUGUAGAGUAUAUGGUUACGUUCGCCGUCGGAGCACGUUGUUACUAGUGUAGAGACAUUGCUGGUGCUGACGGGCCAUGCGGGGUGCAAGCUGUGUACAGUGGCCGCGGCUCGUCGCCGCAUGUUCGGGGCGCCGGCGACGUGCCGCCGCUAUUACUUACUUAGAUAAUGAAAUUGUUGAUGUGUCGAUCACAUUUAUAUUGUAGUAUCUAAGUGUUCAAAUGGUUUAACAGAUGAUGUACGUUGAAUGUUAGCCGGAGCGGUACGUGUACCGCCGAGUUCGAGUGUUGGGACCAAAAUUUCUUAUUGUAGGAGAUGGAACGAUUCCAUAUCGGUGUACUGUUGUCUUGUACGAUAUUAGAAUUUUAUCACCGUGUGUGACCGUUUACGGGAUGUUGCUUAGGUAGGUAAAUUGUUUAUGAUUGUCAUGAGCUCAAAUCUUGCGACUUAAUUUCUUUGUAAAUGUGCUUAGAUGAGAAUUCAUCGAGUGUCUAGUUAAUUCAUCCUCCAUAUUGAAAAUAUUUUCAUACACAUUAUUGUAUACUUUUGUUUUUUUGUCCAUUUUGAAUUCAUUUUUAACCAUAUUUUGUUCAACUUAACUCGAAGAUCCAUUACCUUUGAAAGCUGUUGUGAUCAAUAACUCAUUUGUAAAAAAUAAAUUAUUGUGAUAUAAAAUA